AUGAAUAUCAUGGCAACCGUGCAACCCGUCAUAAACUGGAACCACUUUGCGGCCUAUUUAGUACGAGCUGCACAAACACCAAUCACAUGCAUUGGUAGGAAGCUGGAACAUUUACGAGACGACCUGUAUAUGAUACCACGUGAACGCAAGGACUGUGCUACGCUACUUAGAGAUGAAAGAAGCUCCAGACAAAAGCAUAACAAUAUCACCCGAAAAAGAAGACUAGAUCUUAUGAGGGAACUCGUACGGACCUAUGACGCAAGGAGUUACAAUGAGCUAUACAAGAGACUCAGUGUACAAGAUACGGACGACAUCUACGCAGAAUACGGUCCAACGUGGAAAGAGACAGCAGAACACUCUAUUGCGAAUUACUGCAAGGAAAUCAUACUAGAACAAGAAACCAUGACAUUCGAACAGAUUCUUACGAGCAACCACCAUAGUCCGUACCUGCCACAUCCGGCAGACACACGACAAGGAGAAGAGUGGUUAGAUUUACUGAUCAACGUCAACCACAUCAACAAGCGAGAACUACUGGUAUCCCUCACAGCAGUAAUGAACAAACUAUGUACACGAAAAAACGCAUUCGUAAUCGAGGGACCCACAACAACCGGUAAAACAUUAUUCGUAAAACUGGUCGCUGAGAAUUAUGUGUAUGGAACGGUUCAACGAUCUGGUGAUCACAGCCAGUUCUUCCUCAUGAACUUACUUAACAAAACCCUGGCCUUGAUGGAGGAACCUCGUAUCACCCAACUCACCGUUAAUAACUUCAAAGAGUUGCUCGGGGGUAACCCGUUCGAUAUACAUGUUAAACACCAGAAGGACGAAAGAUUGGAACGCCUACCCGUUUUGAUUACAACAAACAAUCCAUUAACGUAUUACGUACUUGAUGCAGACGGUAAAGCCAUUCUAGAACGGUGUUUCUACUUCAAGUUUCAUGUGAAGGUGGGAUCGCCUGACUUACCCGAACCACCCUGUCAUUUAUGGUUUCACGGAACGGCACUAGCAACCUCAAUAGCACAGUUCAUACAAAACAACCGCGAAUUAAUUAUGCAAAGGUUCAAGUUGUUCGCCAGGCUCAUCAACAAGGAUCUUACUAUCGCCGGCUUACUAUCCACAUGGGACAGAUAUGUCCUAGAUCCAGAGUUUAGAGAACAACUAUCGCAAGUGUUACGGGGAAUACCAUGGGACCCGAUUUUGAUGAUAACGGAAACCCAACUGAACGACAUUAAGUACCAGGCACAUCUCAUGUGGACACAUGCAACCAGAGAUGUACCACCAUAUACCGGCAAUAUGAUAGAUGUUUUGCAAACCAGACGAAAAAAUUAUCCUAAGGUUACUCCUGCUCCCCCAACACAACAAGGAUCACAACUAGAACCUCCGCCAACUAUUAAACCCGAACCUCCCUCCAAACCUCCAACCACAACUAGUAUAAAACCAGAGGAACACGAAACAAAGCCCACAACUACAACCACCACCGCGACGACAACACCUGUCGCACCAAAGAAAGAUACGCAAGAACCCAAAACUGUCUCCAUCAUGGAACCUAAACGACAACGUCUCGACACAAACGAGGAAGAGUCCUGUGGGUCGAAUCUUGCUGUUGCCAAACAUGCUCAAUCUCUCUUCGGCAUACACUACUACAAAACCGACAUCACCAUCACUCGCAAACAGCACCUUACUCUCGCUCAGUACAAACCCGCGGACACCGGAAUCACACAAUAUUACGUCACCUCUAUCCCGUAUCAAAUCUUCGAGUUUUGGUCAAUUAAUAUGAAUGGUGACAACUUUAGAGACCCUCUUGCAAACCUCGUCGCAGUAUACGACUACAUCAAUUACAAUUCGGGUUCUAUUCGCUUUAGCCAUUUUGUACCACUUCAGCAGAGUCUUAGUUCAACUACGCAACAAGACACGCCAGCGCUCAACACAACACCCUACGCCUACAUCGCCAAAGACUCCUUAGGAAUACUGGACACGGUCACCUCUCCAACCGCUAUUGACAAGGACGUGUUUGUCAACCAACAGUUGAAACUACGCAGCAACACUUAUUGGGCUAAAACAAGCGAUGAAGGAUUACUGGGGUUAGCCGAUGUGAAAACCUUCCAUCAGGUGGAAACCGUGUACUACAACUUCAAAUUUGACAACCAGAUGAACUGUCUCAAACAAGCAGUCCCCGCAUUUGACAAUGCCAGAGGACACUACUUCCCACUGACUGAAAGAAAACCUGUAAAAACGGGAAUAGCCAUGAAUGUCAAAGUCAAUAACGAUGUAACGGGCAACCAAUCCAAAAUACCCGAGUAUGAUCUACCCUUCCUAUUCAUCUUCCUACCCUACAUCGAACAAGUCAACAAUACUGAAACUAUCGCUCGCCUCUACGCUCACAUCCUCAUGGAAACACAACUGGAUGUCACCCUAUGGACAGUACCCGAUGGAGCCAAACACCUAACGACCAACAUGCACUAUAAAAAUCAACUGGACACAGUUAUACACGAAUACUCCACAAAAACACUAUCUCAACAAGCCUUCCAAUUCAAUUAA